AUGGCUGACAAGAUCCUGAGACAGAAGAGCCAUACUUUUAUCUUGUCUGUGAGCAAGAUCACACUCUAUGGCCUGCUGGACCAACUCUUUGCGAAGGAGGUGCUGAACCUGGAAGAGAGGAACCUGGUGAUUGGGGGAAAUACCACCUCCAUGGAGAUGGCCCGUGAGCUCAUCCACAACAUUCUCCUGAAAGGGCCAGAUGCGUGCCAGAUCUUCAUCGAUUAUAUCUGUGAGCAGGACACGUCCCUUGCCAAGACACUGGGGCUCUCCUUGGCUUCUCUCAUGGUGCAGGUGACGGAUGACAUCAAAAGCUGUGAGCCAGAAACAACCCUCAAGCUCUGCUCUCUGGACUUUGUCCAAGAGAUGCAGCAGCAGAAGGUAUCAGAAUGCUGUAUCUACCCCAUCAAGGAAAAGUCAGGCCAGCGCACACGGCUUGCCCUCAUCAUCUGUAACAUGGAAUUUGAACAUCUUCCUAAGAGAACUGGAGCUGAUAUUGAUGUGAAAGGCAUGAGGAAGCUGCUGCAAGACCUGGGGUACAGUGUGGAAGUGAAAGAAAACCUCACAAGCUCGGACAUGGUGAUGGAGCUGAAGGCGUUUGCUGCCCGCCCAGAACACGUGUCCUCUGAUAGUACUUUUGUGGUGUUCAUGUCUCAUGGGCUUCGGGAAGGCAUCUGUGGAAAGAGACACUCUGAGACUUCCCCAGAUAUAUUAGAUGUUGACCAAAUCUUUCGAAGUUUGAAUACUCCGAACUGUCCAAACUUGAGGGAUAAACCUAAGGUGAUCAUUAUCCAGGCUUGCCGUGGCGGCAGAGAAGGAGCAACAUGGGUGAAAGAUUCAGCAGAAGAAGAUUCUGGAAACUCUCGAUUAACUCUGGAGGAUUUUGAGGAGGACGCCAUCAGGAAAGUGCACGAAGAGAAGGACUUCAUUGCUUUCUGCUCCUCUACUCCAAAUCAUUAUUCCUGGAGGAGCCCCGAAAAAGGCUCUCUUUUUAUUACAAAACUUAUCGAGAAGUUGAAAGAAUAUGCCUGUUCCUAUCACCUGGAGGACAUUUUCCGAGAGGUCCGGUUUUCCUUUGAGCUCCCGGCAACACGACUACAGAUGCCCACCACUGAGAGGGUGACGCUGACCAAACCCUUCUACCUCUUCCCAGGGUACUAA